AUGGCCACGAAGCGAAAGGCCUCCAUAGAAGAGGUUUCGCCAUCUAAACGACGGCAUCAGCCCCUUCUGGAUCACGAUGACCUAAUCUACGGGGAAGCGCAUUCUGACGCCGCAUACUCGGCAUCUGAGACCCCCAGCCUUGUGAGCGAUGAUAUAAAUGAGACUCCUGCGACACCAGUCUCUACCACCUCCACACGAUACCCGUCAGAGCUGAAAACUCAUCUCUGCCCGUUUGAAGGAUGUUUCAAAGCCUUCAAUCGCCCUGCUCGACUGCAUGAACAUAUUCGGUCGCACAAAAAUGAGCGAGUCUUCAAGUGUACACAUGAAGGUUGCGACAAAACCUUCCUGCGUGCCUCCCAUCUCCAACAUCAUGUGAAAAGUGCCCAUACCGGAGUCCGUGACUAUGUCUGCGAUCGCCCAGACUGUGGGAAGAGCUUUGUGACCGGAUCACGUCUUCGUCGUCACCUUGCUGCGCAUGAUGGUCGAGAUAAGUUCCGCUGCACCGAGUACCCGCCUUGCGACCAGACCUUUCGGAAGCAUUCUACCCUCCAAAAGCACAUCAUAACGGUCCAUCUGCAUCAAAAACCAUACCCUUGCACCCAUGUCGAUGAAAAUACUGGAGAGGAGUGCCAAAUGGCAUUCGAUACCGCUGGCAAUCUUCGAUCCCACGAGAGCCGAGUACACACCGAAAAGCGGUUCAGCUGCACAGAAUGCGCCGAACGAUUUCAGCAGCAAUCCUCAAACAUGGAUACCACCGAAAACCACUCCGAUCAAUCUUUCGUAUUCCCUACCUACGCUCUGCUACAAGCUCAUAUCCGGACCGCACAUCCUCCAAAAUGUCCGAAAUGCCCUAUUAUCUGUUCCACAUCUCGUGAACUACGUCGCCAUCUUGAAGUCGCACACGGCGAUGUCAGCCUUGAAGAGAGGAAAGUCUUUAAGUGUACCUUUGAUAGCUGCGACCGCAGCUUUACCAAAAAGGGCAAUCUGACUGUUCAUAUUCGCACCUUCCAUGAAGGCGAAAAGCGGUUCGUGUGUGGUGAAACAGACCUUUCCACCUCGAAAAAGGUCGCCGGAUGGGAUGGUUGUGGCUGCGGAAAGCGAUAUGGCACUAAGCUCGUACUUGAAGAACAUGUUCGCACAGCGCAUAUGGGAUUCAAAAACUCCAAGGCAGAGCGACGCGAGCGACUUGGACUGACCAACAAGCCAAGCAACCACCACCAGAUCUCGACAUUGGCAGCUCUCACGGGUCAGGGCUAUGCAGAAGAAACAGGUCGCCAUAUUGCUUGCUUCUACGAGUCAUGCGAACACCGAUUCCACCGCGACUACGACCUGUGGGGGCAUAUGACUGCCAAGCAUGGCUGCUCCGAAGACCAGGUACAAGGUCUAUUCAUGCAGCGUGCCCUGUUGUCCGACCAAACCGGCCCUGGAGGGAACUCGCUCGGUAUCUACGGUCUUGAAUUUGAUCAGGCCUUUUCUUUUGAUCCGGGUGCGACAAACGAACUUCCCUCCACGGAGCAGCGGACUGGACUGGACUCUGACUUGUUGAUGCAUGACGCUUUUUCGGAAAGGACGGAGGGAGAUAUUGAUGCUAUGAUACCCAGCCAUAAUGACAUGGCAUUCAUUGAUCCGGCUCAGGCAUAUCAUUUGAUGGAAGAGUGA